AUGGCCGACGACGUCGGCAACCAAUUCGCUAUCUCGACAAUUUUCGGCUGGGUUAUCACAUCUAUUAAUUCUGUGGGAGAAAUUUCUUCCACCUCUUCCCAUAUUACGGUUUCGGAUGUAGAUCAUACACUGCGCAAAUUCUGGGAGAUCGAGGAAUCCAAACCACCUCUGCCAAUGGAAUCCGAUGACCUUUUGGUAGAAGAACAUUUUCAGAGUACAGUAUGCCGCCAGACGGAUGGCAAAUAUUCUGUUGAUCUUCCUUUUAAGGGAAAACCACCGCAUUUUUCAAACACCUCACAGGGAGCAGUGUCUGGGUUCCAUGCAGUAGAACGGCGCUUGUUAAAGAAUACGCCGCUCAGACAUCAGUAUAUACAGUUUAUGCGACAGUACGAGGCAUUAGGACAAAUGCAAGCAAUAGAAGAAUGUCAUGGUAUAUCUAAUGAUGGUCACGUAUUUUAUCUACCACAUCACCCAGUCCUCGGUAAAAAGCUUACGGUAGUUUUCGAUGGAUCAUACGCUGACACUAUGGGGGUGUCUCUUAACAGCUCGUUACAUGCAGGGCCAAAUAUACAACGUAACCUGUUUGCGGUUUGCUUAAGAUUUCGCUUUCAUCAGUUCGUAUUCACGGCGGACACUGUCAAGAUGUUUCGCCAAAUAUGGAUCUCUGAAUAUCAUCGCGACAUUCAAAGGAUUAUAUGGAGGGAAAGUCCUGACUUGCCUCUUAAACAUUAUCGGUUGAACAGUGUUACCUAUGGAAAUGCUUGUGCACCAUUUCUGGCAGUAAGCGUUCUGCAGCAGCUGGCUCAUGACUCCAAGGAACAGUUUCCCCGCGCGAGUAGCAUACUGCUGGAGGACUUUUAUGUAGAUGACGUGCUGACGGGGGCGGCCUCGGAGACGGAGUUAGUGGAAAGACGUGAUGAGUUGGUUCAGCUGUUUAAAAGCGGAGGUAUGGAAUUGAGCAAGUGGGUAUCCAACUCGACUCAAAUCACUUCGUACCAGUCCGUUCACCAUGAGAUGUUCUCAGAAGAAACUACAAAGGGCUGGGACGAUCCACUGCCUACACACUUGGCUAAGCUGUGGGCGGCAUAUCAGGAAGACAUUCAUCAUGUACGCGAUCUAACUAUUGCCCGUUUCGUUCCUAAUAGUGCCACCGAAUGGGAGCUUCAUGCGUUUUCAGGUGCAUCACUUAAAGCAUAUGCAGCCGCGGUCUAUUGCCGUUUCGUAAACGACACAGGCCAAUCCAACGUUUCUCUGAUAGCUGCAAAAACUCGCGUGGCACCAUUGAAAACAGUUUGUUUGCCGCGGCUCGAGCUAUGUGGGGCACUAUUGCUUACAUGUUUGGUUAAGGUCAUUCUUGACUCAAUGCCACACCGAACUAUCAGAAUAUAUGCCUGGUGUGACUCUAUGAUAGUUAUGUCAUGGCUUUCCAUUCCUCCAGUAAGGUUGAAGACCUUCGUUGCUAACAGAACCAGUGAAAUUCUGGAUACCCUUCCACGGAACGUGUGGCACAAUGUGGCAUCAAAGGACAACCCAGCAGAUUGUGCCUCACGCGGAAUGUCAGCUGCUGCGCUAACAAAUUUUGAGUUAUGGUGGAAGGGACCAAACCCAAACGUUACAAAUGAAGUUAAAGGUACCACCGUUACCAUGGUAUCCAUGAACGAAAACGAUAUAUUAAACACUCUCAUUGAACGUGUAUCUUCGUGGCAGCGUCUUUUACGAACCCUUUCGUAUGUGCAUCGCUUUAUUGACCGUUUACGCAAACGCGCUCCACACACCACAUCAAUAAGCUUGACCUUCGACGAAAUUGAUAAUGCGCGUAACGUACUUCUGCGUCAUGCCCAAGCCUGUUUCAAGGACGACAUCGAGUCCCUGAAGUGCCAACAAAACAUAAUUAACCGCUCAAGAAUCAUUAAAUUAACACCGUUCUUAGACGAUAAAAACCUUUUUCGAGUAGGUGGACGGAUCUCCAACUCCGACUUGGAUAUGGAGGCCCAAGCAUCCGAUCAGUCUACCUAA